AUGGCCGAAGAAGACAACGCAGCGUCCACGUGGAGAUUCACCCAGUGCUUCGGUGACAAGGGUGAUGUCGAGGAUAUCACAGAAGCCGACAUCAUCUCGACCGUCGAAUUCGACCACACUGGCAACUACCUAGCGACCGGAGACAAAGGCGGACGAGUUGUGUUGUUUGAGAGGAAUGAGACGAAAAAAACCUGCGAAUACAAGUUCCAUACCGAGUUUCAGUCCCACGAGCCCGAGUUCGAUUACCUGAAGUCCCUAGAGAUCGAGGAGAAGAUCAACAAGAUCAAGUGGUGCCGUCGUCAAAAUGCAUCUCAUUACUUGCUAUCUACCAACGACAAGACUAUCAAGUUAUGGAAGGUCUUUGAGAAGUCGUUGAAAGUGGUAGCUGAGAACAACCUGUCGCAUGAUGUGACUCCGGGCAACGCUGUUGGCGCCGGCGGAGGCGCCCCCAGACCUAUUCCACAGUCUCAUUUCAAGACGGCUGGAGAACUGAAGCUGCCGCGCCUGACGCACCACGAUACUGUCGUGGCUGCGGUCCCCCGACGCACUUACGCCAAUGCCCACGCCUACCACAUCAACAGCAUCUCAGUCAACAGUGACGGCGAGACCUUCAUAAGUAGCGACGACCUGCGUAUCAACCUCUGGAACCUGAACAUCCAGGAUCAGAGUUUCAACAUUGUUGACAUCAAACCUGCGAACAUGGAGGAGCUGACCGAAGUCAUCACUGCUGCCGAGUUCCACCCCGUCAGCUGCAACUGGUUCAUGUAUGCCAGCUCCAAGGGCACUAUCAAGCUGGCCGACAUGCGGGAGAGCGCGCUCUGUGAUCAGCACGCGAAGCUCUUUGAGCAAGAGGAGGAUCCUUCCUCGAGAUCAUUCUUUUCGGAGAUCAUCUCCUCUAUCUCGGAUGUGCGCUUCUCCCAUGACGGCAGAUAUAUCUUGUCGCGGGAUUACCUGACGGUCAAGAUUUGGGAUGUCAACAUGGAGCGGCAGCCGGUGAAGACGAUCCCGAUACACGAACAUCUUCGACCGCGGCUCUGCGAUACAUACGAAAACGACAGCAUCUUUGACAAGUUCGAGGUGGUUUUCUCGGGGGAUGCCAAGAACGUCAUGACGGGCAGUUACAACAACAACUUCAUGAUAUACCCCUCGGACCCCGAGAAGGAGGUCGAGGUUGUGCUGCAAGCGGACAAGUCGGCCUUCAAAGCAAAGAAGGUGGGAGUUCCGACGCCCAUCAGCUCGUCGACGAGCCCCACAGCGACCAACGGCGGUAAGAAAGGUGGAUCGCGUGCGGGCAGUCCGGCAGCUGGGGCCGGUCAGGGGCAGCGGAUGCGGAAGGAGACCGACGCAGACCAGAUCGAUUUUAACAAGAAGAUCCUGCAUAUGAGUUGGCAUCCUUUCGAAGACAGCAUUGCGAUUGCUGCAACGAACAACCUGUUUGUCUUCUCGGCGCUAUAG